ACUCUCAACAAACAAAGGAAGCUCUGAUUUAACAAACCGAUUCUAAAAACAAACCACACAAGUCAUCAUUUUACUGCAUAGUAUAUAUUUAGUCCCCCAAAUGUACUAACCGCACCAUGAUCAAAGGCCACCACUGCACCCUCCGGCAUCACACGACAACUCAUCUCCCCCCGAUACUGCCGGGCACCUCGAAUUGGGUGAAAUUAAUUCGAUGUAUACGAACGAUUUUGCUGGUAUCUCCGGACCAUCCCGAGACGAGAAACUACCUCAAAAGUUACACCCAAAUAUGGAACGAAAACAAACGCCAAGUUGGAAGCUAUCCGCCCUAUAUUGUCCAUCCGUUCAGUGCCUUUCGGAAGCACUGGGAAAUUGUGGUGUUCGUAGUGUUGGCACUGCGCUUGUUUCUGCUGGCGUUCGAUUUCAGCUUCCUUAUCUUCGAGAAGGAGUCCUACUAUGACCGGGCGAUACUGUUCAAUCUAUUCCUCGACAGUGUGCUGACGCUGGAGAUAAUGCUGAGGUUCGUCACGGGCUACGUGGUACAAGGAACGAACGAGAUUGUGCUCGAGCCGAGAAGAAUUGCGAUCAACUAUAUGAAAUAUGGCAGAGUAAUCUACGAUUUGUUGCUAGUGCUUCCGUACACUCUGCUCUUGGAUUAUUUCAACCACCAAUAUUACCGAUACAGUGUGCAAAUCUAUUUAGUGUUUAUCAUUUAUUUGUACGCGGUCAACAUUUUCCGUUAUCGAGAUCUUUUUCGGUACUUUCAGAUUCUGCCCAGAUCGUUCCGAGUAAGUGAGAAGAAAAUUUUGAUCAUGAAGCUAGUGAUGAGCACCAUACAUGUCUUGCAUUGGAGUGCAUGUCUGCGCCACAUAUUGCCCGAGCUGGCGAUUGUGUUCGAACCGGAUCCGGACGAUAUAUUGGGUCUCGUCUCUGCGAAGAGCACCGACGACAAUUUUUCCGUUGGUCAUUUUUUGGUCGAUGCUCACUGGCGUCAUUAUCGAAAUCAGGACUACUUCCACUAUCCGGUGAAGGAAGGAAGAACACUUGUGGAUCCGCCGAGCUUCGAAUCCUACAAACAGUACUACCUUGAUCAUCGUCCGGUGGAUCAGCUUUUAUUUGACCGAAGUUAUAUACUGCUGGCACUGGACGAUAUCAGGAAGAACUCGUCGAUUGUUGAUCGGUAUUUUGCCAGCAUGAUGAACACGAUGCAGAUCAGUCUGCAAGCUGGAAGGGAUGAUGUUGCAGGCGAACAUUUUGUGAACAAUGUGUUAACCACUUUCAUUGUUCUGGGAGGAUGGGUUUGGUUCACAUACAUCCUGUUGAUCAUGAUCCGUUCGAUCAUGUCCUCCGAGAUCAGUCAAACCAAAUUUGAGGAGGUCGUGAACGAGAUAAAAGCGUAUGCCUUCAACGAACGGAUGAGUGACGUCUUGGAGAAGAAAAUUCUGCGACAUCUCGAUUGUCGCUACCGGAUGAACUUUUUCAAUGAAAAUGCAAUCAUGAGAACUAUGUCGGAUAACCUCAGAAGGAGCAUACGGAUGGAGACAUCACUAGAUUUGCUAAGAUAUGUAGAACUGUUCGAAGGAUUGCCCCGAACGGUAGUGGAAGAUAUUGUGGAUAAUCUCAAAUAUCAACUCUAUCUGGAGAAUGAAGUGAUUGUGGAAUGCGGCACCGAAGGAGACGCACUAUAUUUGAUAGCACACGGUACCGCGGCCGUAUAUUCUGCGAAUGGAACCGAAUUAGGUCAUCUGAACGAUGGGGCACACUUUGGAGAUAUUUCAAUUUUGAGACAAGGUCAUAUAAGAACAGCUACAAUUGUGGCAUUGGAAGAUUGUGUGAUUUAUCGAUUGUCGUAUGAAACAUUCCAAACGUUGAUUGAGCCGUAUUCCCAUUUAUUGCUAGAUAUGCAAAAGUUGGCCGAUGAAAAGAUCGCCAAAAUUCAGAGAAAUAGAAACACGCUGUCGGAAGAAGAUACCUAUGAUAAUUUUCUGCAAUAA